ACAGUAGACAAUGGAGUCGAACGAUCCAGCAAAGUGUAGGAGGAGGAAACAAAGUAAGAGCCCACCUCCCAGAAUGCUGAGGAUUGUUCUGUUGGGGAAGAGUCUCCAACACACCAGCAAGGUAGGAAAUUUUAUCCUGGGAAGAGCUGCAUUUGAGACUGAAGAUCCUCCACAUUCACCAAAGCAGCACAGCGAGCGAGCCAGAGGACAUGUGCAAGAAACAGACAUCACCAUCAUCAACGCGGCUCAUUUGUUUAACCCUCCACUAAAACCUGAGGAACUGGAAGAGUGUGUAAAUCUUUCUGCUCCAGGACCUCAUGCAUUUUUACUUGUGAUACAGCCUCAUAGCUUCACAGAGGAGGACAAGAACCACCUGGGAUUGUUAUUAAACCGCUUCAGUGAGCAAGCUCCAAACUAUGCCUUUGUGAUUGGUACAGCCACGUCUGGAGGAAAGUCAGACGCUUCUCAAAGGUUAAUAAAGGAAUGUUGUGAUAGGUAUCGUAAAUAUAAACAACUAGAGAAAAAUAAGAAUUCGUGUCGUCAGCUUUUUGAUGAAAUCAGAAGAGUGGUCAAAGAGAAUGGAGGAAAUUAUCUUGUAUGUAAGAGUUUUAAGGAUGCGCCUGAGGAAUCUUUCCACACUGAUGAAAACCUUGCCAGACCGGGAGAGAGGAAAACAUCCGAUCUUCCCGAUCACACAAAGGAGAAGAGCACAUCAACUUCAGUGGGAGGUGUCUUGAGUAGAAUUGGUUUAAGUGCAUUGCUCCCAGAGCGAAAGUUUGGAGAACACUCAGCAAGGCUGCCAGUGUUGAACUUGGUGCUGUGUGGAAGCGAUGAAGAACUAAAGGCCUCCAUAUCAGAGCUCAUAUUGGGCCCGGGAAAUGUGGAGACUGGAUUAGUUUCUGGAUGCCUUCUCAGGCUGGCGGUGAUGCCAGCUCUCUACAACACUGAUCUCUCAGACGAGGAAGUGAUGGAUAAGAUUCUCCACUGUAUCCCUGUUGAUAAUCCUGUCCAUGCUUUUCUGUUCAUCAUUCCUGUUGGUCCUCUCACUGAUGAUGACAAAGGAGAAAUAGAGAUGAUUCAGAGGACCUUUAGUUCAAGGUUCUGUGAUCAUAGUAUAGUUCUUUUUACCAGCGAGAACUUAAAUGAAGCUGCUGCAGUUAACUUUGUAGAGCAAAGUUCAGAAAUGGAAGAACUUCACAGAAUGUGCAGAGGCAGAUAUAUGAUCUUGGAGGGGAACAGGAGACGUAAGCAGGUGUCAGAACUGUUAGACCGAGUAACAAAUAUGAAGAAGAUUUAUUCUCUCCCAAUGUUUAUUGAGGCACAGAAAGACGGAGUUAAACAGCCACUAGAGGAAGAACUGUCUGAAAUGAAGAAGCAGCUUCAAGCAAAACCACAGGAAGAAUGUGCUGAGGGUGAAAUCUCUGGCUCCAAUUGUCUGAGAAUAUUACUGAUUGGGAAAACAGGAAAUGGGAAAAGUGCAACAGGAAACACCAUUCUAGGAAGAAAAGAAUUUGAGAGUGAUGUCAGCUUGAAAUCUGUGACAAGAAUGUGCCAGAAGGGAAUGGGAGAAGUGCAGGGCAAAUCAGUAGCUGUUGUGGACACUCCAGGACUCUUUGACUCCACAUUAUCAAAUGAAGAGGUAACAGACGAAAUUGUGAAAUGCAUCUCGAUGCUGGCACCAGGACCCCAUGCUUUCAUUAUUGUGCUGAGUGUGGGAAGGUUUACUGAGGAAGAGAAGCAAACACUGAAUCUGAUUAAGAAGAUGUUUGGUGCUGAGGCUGAAAAGUACAGCAUAGUGCUGUUUACUGGAGGGGAUAGUUUGAAAGAUAAAACACUCGAAGAUUAUAUCAGAACCAGUAAUCAUGAACACGUGAACAGGCUAAUCAGGGACUGUGGUGGAAGAGUUCACUUGUUUAAUAACAAUGCAAAAGACACCAGCCAAGCCAGUGAGCUUCUCCAAAUGAUUGAAGAAAUAAAGUUCACACAGAACAAACAUUUUACCAAUGAGAUGUUCGAGAAUGCGGAGAUGUCUAUACAACAGAAACAAAAGGAGAUACUGAAAGAGAUAGAGGAGAAGAUGAAAGCUGAAAAAGAGGCUCUGAAGGCCAGAUAUGAAGAAGAACUGGAACAGAUGAGGACUACUUUGGAGAAAGACAGAGAACAAAAAGACAGAGACUGUGAGGAAAUGAAAAAUGACUAUGAGAAGAAAAAGAAAGAAAUGGAGAGCAAAUAUGAAGAUGAGGCUAGGAGAAAAGCUGAGGAGAUUAAUGACCUGGAAGAUCAAUAUAAAAAACACAUAAAACAAUUGAUGGACAAGCACGAUAAGGAUUAUGAGCUUCUCAAAGCUCUGUUUGCAAGUACAAAAAUAGAGUUAUAUGAACACAAAGAACAAAGAAAAGAAAUACACAAAGGAAAGAAAUGCAUUAUCCUCUAAAAGCUUGGUGACACGUUUUGAUGUUUAUAUUCACAAAAGGACAAAAGAAUUUGAAAAAGAAUCCAGGUUUUUAAAACAUCAUUGCUUACUUUAAGCUGAUUAGAACUGAUUGUAGUGUACGUGGACAGGAGAGGUCAGAUUGUAUUUUCCAAACAUAACCGUACAUCAGGUUUCAGUCAUGUACAGUGUUUUCAUGUUUCAUUUAAUGUUCUUGUUUCCUGCAUUUAUAAAUCUUACAUGGCACAUAAUUGUGUUUAGUGUACGUUUACACGCUACACAAAUUACACAAUCGUUUACGGAGCUUCACAUUAUUGAUGCUGAUGGGUUCCAGUUCUUUAUAUUAUUUUAUAAGUCACUGUACUUUUGAUUUUACUUUAAAUACCUUUUUACCUUCAGUAUGUAAUCUGCGAAAUCCUGUACGGAGUGAUUUGUGUGAGUUUUUUGUUAUUGCCAAAAAUGCCUGAUUUUGCUGUAGCUUUCAUUUUUACUUUGUUAUGCAGCUUAUGGAGUUGUUUUUGUGCUUUUUUUUAAUAAAUUUUUUUUUUUAGCAAAAAACUGAGUUUGGUGAAAUUGCAAUUGUACUUUCGCACUGAUGUUUGCUGUACUCGUGUUCGACACACAUGAAUCGAAGAGGGCUUUGACUGAAUGCGCGUUGUGAUGACAUCACAUGCGUCUUAGCCCAAAUCUGCAAAAUCUGUGGUAAUCUUGAAAAAUUGGAAGCUCCUCUGAAUAUCGCGGGGUUUGCUUGAUUUUGCGUUCAUUUCUGUGAUCGCAGAAUCCUGGAGGGACUGACACAUGCGAUAAUCAACAGCAACGGGGUGUCGAGUUUCUAAAACAUGGGACAGUUCAGUGUUUGCAGCUUUAUUUUGUUAUGAGAGUAAAGAAUAACACGAGGCCUACACUCUGCUCUUCUUCAACAGACUUUUCAUGGACAAAUCUGACUAAGUUCUGUUUCACCGUUUCUAACCACCAGUGAGACCUUCAACAGAGUCAUCAAAUACUACCAAACUCUUUUCUUCUGGUUUCAAGAGUAUUGGGAUGCUGUCUCACUCCAAAGGUAUUGGGACACUCCCUAGCUCCAAAAGUAUUGGGAAGCGGUCUCACUCCAAAAGUAUUGGGACACACGGUCUAACUCCAAAAGAAUUGAACUGUUGGCCAAAAGUGCUCAGUGUCCCUGUCUUCACUUCUGAUACCACUGAGGCUGUAUGUCAUCAUGUCCCUGCUUUAAGUGUGCAGGUUGCUUUGCCUGCAGAUUUCAGAACAAAGAGACAUGUUUUAUACACAAAAAAAGGACUUUUUGGGAUAUAGGCCAUGGAGAGGAGCCUAAUCCUCCUGCUGUUAUCAUCAUGAUUCUUUGACUCAAAAGAAGAAUCUCAGUGGUUCCUGAACUAAAAAGAGAAAUGAGGGACAUGAACAUGGAUGGUUUCAGAGCUACAGCACAGCUCACUGAGACAGACAGAGGCAGACCUGGUCAUGGAGGGAGUCUUUGUAAGACUGGGGGGUAACAUCUGAGAUUCUGAGUGUGUUAUGGAUAUGUGUUAAUUAUUUUGUACAUUUAGAAAUAUCAAUGCUUAUAUAAUAAUACUUAUUCAUUGGAUAAUUGAAUAUGUAUGUUUAUUUUUAAAAAUAUGUAUAAUCUAUAAUCAAUAAUGUAAAUGUAAUAAUGUGAAUAAUCUAUAAUAAAUAAUGUAAUCUUUAUAUUAUAUAGCAUGAUUUCUGGUUUAUUGUGCAAAGAAACCAUCUGCUUGUGACUCUUCUUACACCUAACUGGGUGUUAGUACAGUAUUAGUAAGAAUUUCCUUUUUUGUUUGUUUGUUUUUUAAAUAAUUCCCAUUGUUUACUUAGUAAAAACUGAAACUUUGUUCCACACAGAAUUGGUUCAAACCUUGUGUAAAGAUUUUACAGGUAAAAUCUUAAGUAAAAUACAUCCAGUGGGUUAGCACUUGAAAUAUUCCUGUAUUGACCGUCAAACAUUUCCCCGUAACGUUUAUAUUUUUCAGAGAAACGAAUGUUUGGAAACCUACAAUUUGCUCUGUUUUUACUGACAGACAAACGUUUAAGACAAAAUGUAUAUAAUUUUUUUUUUUUUUUUUUUAAAUUCAAGAAUUAGGGUGCUUAAAACCUUUCUUCAGUUUCGUACAUAUAUUUCCUGAAGCUACCUUUUGAUAAAUGCUUAUUAAAUGACAUCUUUAAUAUAACUAUUACAUCUAAAAUACUAGAAUUGAUAUUUUCUGAAGAAAAUGUGAGUGGUGCUUGGCCCAGGAAAAUUGCCACGAACAGCAGCUGCACAUGCCAGCCAUUAGGGGGAGCUGCAUGCGUUUGUUGAAGCGCAACUAAUUUGGCAUAUUGAUAUCUGUAAUGAUUGUAUUUAACUAUAAAAAUAACAUAACUUUAAAUUUAAAGUAUUUAAAUUGUUAUUGACAGAGUGUUUUGAUAAGUGUCAUGUCUGUUGCGGUACUUUUGUGAUUCCACUUAUUUUGGGGGGUUAGUUCAUGUGAUGUCAAGUGACAUCACUAGAAUACCCACAAUGCAGUUCUCCCCACUGAGCUGAGUAUUUUGCAGUCACAUGUCUAUGGUACGGUACAUUUGUGAUUCUGUUUUUUUUUGUGAGUUAACGGCCAGCACCACUAAUAACUAUUUUUAACCCAUUCUGCCAGGGAUGUAAACGCAUACACCAUUUAACCAAAAAGUAUUUCACAUUGAAUUGUUUGCAGAUUUAAUGUAUUGUUCAGACAUCAGAUUAUUGAUCAUGUAAUGAGGAGUGAUACAAACACAAAUA